AAUCAUCUUCAUCUUCUUUUUGGAGCUCUGGAAUCAGAUAAAAUCAUAUAGACAGCGAUCGCCUGUACAGUAUUUACUCUGUGUGUGUGUGUCCGACAGAGAGAGAGAGAGAGAGUAUGAAGCUCAAAGUAUACGCUGAUCGACUGUCCCAACCAUCUCGAGCAGUUCUAAUCUUCUGCAAGAUUAAUGGAAUAGAUUUCGAGGAGUUCAAAGUAGACCUAUCCAAACGCCAGCAUCUAUCCCCUGAAUUUAAAGGUGUUUUUUCGAAUAACAUUUGCACUAAGAAUCUGUCCGAUUUAUCCGGUGAUAAGGUUUGAACCUGGCUUGGAUUUGGGAGUUUUUUUUUUCUUUUUGGGGUUUCAUGGGUUUUAGUUUGCUUGGGGGUCUAAUGGUUUGAUUUUGGAACCAUAUGGACAUUGGGAGAGAGGCUGAAUUGAGUUGAUGGGGGGAGGUUGGAUAGGAAUCUGCUAUAGAAUAAAACAUAUUAUUGAAUUUGGUAAUUGUAGUUGCUAUUAUAGGUUUUUUCUUUUCUUGCUUUUGUGAGCUACUGCUAGUUAUGGUCUACCUGCUGUGCUGCUUUUACGUGAAUUAUAGUAAUAUGGAUAUCAAUUCUUGUUGCUUUGAAUUGGCAUUUGUGCUUUGAAUUGUUCUGUCAAUAAUUUCUUUGCUUAAAACCUAACAUGUAAAUUUGAUGAAUAAAGAACGAAUGUGUCGUAUUUUUCCUUUACCUGUGGUUCCUUUCAGAAAUAAACCCCAUGGCACAAGUUCCGGCGAUUGUCGAUGGAAGAUUUAAGCUGUUUGAGAGUCAUGCAAUUCUUAUCUAUCUUGCCUGCGCAUUUCCUGGAGUUGCAGAUCAUUGGUAUCCUGCUGAUCUGUUCAGAAGAGCUAAGAUUAACUCAGUGUUGGAUUGGCAUCACUCCAAUCUACGCCGUGGUUCAGCUACUUUUGUUCUAAAUACUGUACUUGCACCUGCUCUGGGCCUUCAGAAGAAUCCUCAAGCUGCUGCUGAAGCUGAGAAAAUUCUCUAUGCAUCCUUUGCAAGGAUUGAAUCCUUUUGGCUCCAGGGGAAGGGGAGGUUUUUGCUGGGAGGCUUACAACCAUCCAUUGCAGAUCUCAGCCUAGUUUGUGAAAUUAUGCAACUUGAGGUUUUGGAUGAGAAGGAUCGCAACCGAAUAUUAGGCCCACACAAGAAAGUUAUGCAGUGGGUUGAGGAUACAAAGAAUGCAACAAAACCACAUUUUGAUGAAAUGCAUGCAGUCCUCUUCAGAGCCAAAGAAAGGUUUCAGAAGCAGCGAUUGAUGGAAGCAAACAGUGACGGUGAGACCAGCCAAAAAAGCUCAUUGCGUUCUAAGAUGUGAGCAUCUGAAUACAAAUAAAAAGAUCACCAGAUACUUGUUUGUCGGGUUUAUUGCGUCAAUAUAGCGACAGCAGAUGCAGACAAGGCUACCAAGUGCACUUUGUUAGACCCUUUUGUUGAAAACUUCGUAAUAAAACAUAGGGUUUGUUUCAUAAUGUAACAUAUGCAUGCAUUCGUGUGGUGUUGUAUUCUCGGACAUCUUUUGUUUAUGAACCACGUACUUUGUUUGCGAGAUAGGCAGUGUUCAGCUUGAAGAUGUCAUUCUGAACCGAGUGCAAUUAAGUCCACUCUUCCCAGUAGGGAGAUAUGCUGCACCUAAAAAUAGAAUUGUUCUACGCAGGGUCGAAACGGCCAGUUCAUUGACCAUUUAUUGAGCUAUUACACUUAUUUCAAGGUUCG